AGAUUCUAUACUUAUAGAAGUAAUUGAUCUUAUAGCUUCUAUAAGACAUAUAAGAGUAAUAGAAGUUAUAAGUCUUAAAAGUAUUAUAAGUCUUAAAUAUAUUAUAAGUUUUAAAAGUAUUAUAAGUUUUAAAAGUAUUAUAGAA